GGUACUGAAAGAAAUGUAUUUUGGGAUGGUAAUGUUGUUGAAGAUGACAAGAAUAUGGCGUGUAAAAGGGCAAUUUUCAAAACAUUUUCAAUUAGUGGUUUCGGAUUGGAAGAAUCAAAUUUAGAGGUCUUGAUCAAAUCAAAUCUUAACGACAAAGUGUGGUACACACUCCGCACACCACAACCUAUGUACCAUGAUAUUUGGAUUGCAUUUUUAUGGAAAGCACAUUUGGUGAAAUAUGUGCUCGAUUAUAUAUAUAAUAAUCAGAGUGUUCUUUUUGAAGAUUUUAGAUUCAAUUUUUUUGACUGGAUAACCGAACAUAGAAACGAUGAUACAUACAAUCUUGGAGAAGAUUAUUCGCGCUUGCCAUUCUUUACAGAUGAAUAUUGCCCUGCAAAAUAUUCUUGUAUUGAAGGUCAAAAUAGAAUUGAAAAGACAGUUGUUACACCAAGAGUGUAUAAAUGGUUUAAUGACUUAUUCCCGGAGUUAUUACAACCUUUAG